ACCACACAACAAUCUCAAAUAAAACCCUAAAUCUCUAUGAAUUUGUCUAUAUUGCUGGUAUGCAAACCAUCUCUAUGAAUUUGUCUAUAUUGCUGGUAUGCAAACCAUCUAAUGAAGAAAUUAAUAGGAUGACUGAUGAAUGGUGGCAAAUGUUGUUCAAAUCUCAAGAAAACAAUAAACUAGAGAGGGUUGGAGCCAAUAUUUCCUUGCAUCAAAAUCACCUUGACAAAUUGGAACCAAGAGGGAAGUCGGACUACCAUUGGAGCUCUCUUGGCCUUCAAUUUUAAUUUGCUUUUGUGCUUGUUUGAACAAAGUGCUGGUCUCUCUUGCUCCUUGAACCUAUCUCCCUUUGCACUUGCACACUGGUUUCUGUUUGUUUCUGUGGUCAUUUUUGUGAGGAAUAGCAAACAAAACUCAAAUGUGCUUGUUUUUCUUCAGGUCCCGAAAUGAAUGCAAUUGCCACCAUAUAUUUAUGCUUUGCAUUGAUACUUUGUUCCAAUAAUUUAGCAUUUACUAU